AUGGUGGUUGAGGUCGGCCACAGCGGUUCCUCGCUCCCAUCGUCGCCGGCCUCCGCGCGACACGCCGUUCGUGGCCCAGCGUUCCGCCGCCGCGCGACACGCCGUUCGUGGCCCAGCGUUCCGCCGCCGCCUCCCCCGCCGUGGUCCGAACUCCCGCCGGAGCUCCUAGGCCUCAUCCUCGCCGGCCUCCCGGACCCGGCCGACCGCGCCCGCUUUCAGCUCCGUGUGCCGUUCCUGGCGCUCGGUCCCCUACCCCUACCCAAUGCAGCUACCGUGGGUCGACGCAGUCUGCCGUUCUGGUACUCCGUUUCGUCUCCUGGAACACAGCUCCCUUCGAUCAACGUCGACAGCGACAGCGACAGCUUGCCAAGAUCGUCACCCCCGACCUGUCAGUGCCAACGCCAGCCACCGUGGCGACAUAUCUGGCGCUCGGUCUUCCCUCUGCGGCGGCGGCGGCAGCACCCGUGGGUCGUGCUCCAGGGCGGCUUCUUCCUCGAAGACCUCCCUCCGGAGUUAUCCGACGUCAGGCCGGAACCGAUCGCCUCCUUCCCCGAGAACCUGCGAUGCGUCGGCUCCACCGGUAGCUGGCUCGCCCUCGACCGCACGGACGGCAACGGGCGGCAUGCGUACUUCUUGCACAACCCUUUCUCUAGGGCAACCGUACCGCUCCCGGAGCUGGACGCCGUCGCCGGCGAUGUCUCCGAGUUGUUCACGAUCCGGAAGGUGCUCAUGCGAUCCACCCCCGAGGACCUCAUCGUGGUCAUGACCAACAACCUGGAUCUUCCUAUAUUUUCAGUCCAGCGAGGGAAGGGUGUCUUGUUGCCGCAGCCGGGAACAGCUCCCUAUGACUUGGACACCGUCUUCGACAUUGCCUUUCUUGGAGAUAAACUCUACGGACUCGACACGGACGGAAUUGUCACCCUCCCCAUCACCUUUGACGACGACCACAGCAUACCCAUGGCUACUAGUAUUGAGCAGCUCAUCUGGAGCGACAUUGAUGAUGCCGAUGUAGCAGGCGAUGAUGAGGACGACGACGGAAACAACAAUGAUGAUGAGGGCGAUGAGGAAAACAAUGGUGAAUCUGAGAAGGAAAAAGUUGAGCUUCUCAGUGAAGAGGACAAAGCCAAUCGUCUUAGUCACAUCAAAAAUACUUUAAAAGCUAGUGAUGGCAAAGUAGGCCUCGGCAUCCAAUUUAAAGCUAACUCUAUGAUCUUCCGGUACUUGGUCGAGUCAUGUGGGAAGCUUUUCAUGGUGAUUCGAGAAGCGGACAGCGUGAGAUUCACUUACAAGGUGGAGGUUUUCGUGUUCGAUGUCAAUGCAGGUACAUGGCAUCCGGUCUCCGGCGGGCUAGGUGGCCAGACGUUUUUUAUCAGCAGACCCUUCAGCAAGUCUGUUUUAGCUCGUGGGGAGGUAGAACCAGAUGCUAUUUAUUUUGCAGAUUUUGGUGGUGAAGUCUUCUGCAUGAAAUCCUCCCAGGCGAGACACAUUGGUCAUUUUCGAAGGGAGGGAUUUCUUGACUUCAUCAGUACCACAACGUGGAUCUUUCCUCCACACUGA